AUGUACCAGUCUGGCGGGCGCCCACCCAAGGACACCCGGGAGUCGUCGGGGGUGGUAUGCAGCUACGGCGAGGUGCCCGUCUGCCCAGCCAUGGACUUGUUCGUGAACGGUGAGGUCUUGCAGGUGGUGGAGGACAGUCUCAUGGACCUCGGCACAGGGUUGCUCACGCCUGCGGACGAGCGCUUGGUCCAGAGCAUCGUUGUGACCAGCUUCAAGAACAUCAGCCGGGAACUGCACGCGCAUGCCCCGGAGGUCGCGGGCGAGCUGGAGAUGAUGCAGCUGAGUGAGCUGCAGAAGGAUUCGGUGAUCGCCGCGAUGAAGCUGGUGGCGAACCGCCAAGUGCAGAGCCUUGGCCUGGAGGUCGCGAGGGCGAUUCGCGACAGCCCCAGCGCGGACAGAGCGGACCUCCUGCUCGCGAUUGAAACACAGUUGAGGCCGAAGCUGGCAUCGCUGAUGCAGCUGAAGAACGAGCUGGUGCCUGCCUCCCUGCGGACCCUGUGGGGUUCAGACCACCAGUGGGACAUGACCCUGGAUCCCGAGAGCGUGAAAACGAUGCGGGGGAACGCCAGAGAGUUCGCUGAGGACACCCAGCCCGCCACGACCGUCGACCUGGCCAGGAAGUCGUUCAGCAUCCUGGGCGGAGUGCUAGAGGAGGGCCGAGCCCUCAUCGACGCGAUCAAGCUGUGCACGCGCAUGUUCGGCAGCGAGCUCGCCGUGCCCAACUGGGCCACCUCGCUGAUCGGGAAGGCUGGCCCGAGGCUGGAGACGUGCGAGUUGGACGCGCCCAUGGACAGCAAGUUGGACUUCAUGAAGGCCCUGUUCUGCCCGCUGAAGUUCGGCACCGCCGGCCUGGACGCGCUGCGAGCGGCGGGGCAGAUGGUCGCGGACGAGGACACCCGGGAGGCCAAGCAGGAGCGCGGCAGCACGGGGAGCAACGAGGAGGACAGGUCCAUGCUCGUCGGGCACCCGCCGGAGCACACGCUUGUCCAGGCCCCGCCGACGCCGGCGCCCGUGAUGGUCAUCGGGCACCCGGCCGAGAGGACCAGGGUGGAGCACUCCCCAGCGACGUGCAAGUACGGGCCGAUGCUGGUGUGCCCCGCGCGGGACCUCUUCGACAGCGCGGAGGUCGUGGACCUCGUGGCCGAGGGCCUCACCACGGUCGGCCAGGGCUCGCUGCUGGCCGAGGGCGACGGCGCGCUGGUGCACGACAUCGCCACGUCGGGGAUGUGGAACUUCAGCGGCGCGCUGGACGAGCAGGCCCCGGAGGUGGCCGGCCACCUCCGCCUGCUGCAGCUGAGCGAGGAGCAGCGCGACGCGGUGCUGGCCUCCCUCCGCCUGCUGGCCCACCCGCGCGUCCGGGAUCUGGGGCUCGCCGUGGCCUCGGCCAUCCGCGCCAGCCCCUACGGGGAUGACAACGCGCUGCGGGGGGCGGUCGAGGACGCGCUGCGCCCGCGGCUGCGGGAGAUCAUCGGCCUGCGCGACGAGCUCGUGCCCGAGUCCCUGCAGCAGCUGUGGGGCACGGACAGCCUCUGGGACAUCGCCUUCGACAAGCAGAGCGUCGCGGCCGUGCGCGCCUCGCGCGGCCCGCUGGCCGAGAGGUACGAGCCUGCGUCGGGGCACAUGGGCUUCGACGCCAAGUUCCACGGCCUCGCCUCUGGCGUGCUCGAGGAAGCCUGCGCGCUGCUGGACGUGCUCAGGCUCUGCACCCACACCUUCGGCGCCGAGCUGCGAGCCUCCGGCCUCAGGGCCGCUCUGCUGGGGUCGGCGGCGCAGGAGCUGCUCCGCUGCGAGGGCGGCGCAGAGGGGAACGCCGCGGCCACGCACAGCCCGGGGGCCCAGCUUGAGUCCAUGAAGGCGCUCUUCUGCCCCCUGCGGCUCGGAGGCUUUGGCCUCGACGCGCUGCGAGCCAUCCCCGAGAUGGAGAAGGCGGCGGCCAUGUACCGGCCAGCGCGAAGCAGCGCCGAGGGCGGCGAGGGCGAGGGCGAGGCCUCGCAGGCCUCGGCGCGGCCAGCGUGCAGCUACGAGGCGUCGCCCGUGUGCCCCGCCUCGGACCUCUUCGAGGACAUGCAGGUGCAGGCCGUCGUGAUCGCGAGCCUGAUGCGGGUCGGCACCGCCGUGCUCCACCGGGACGAGGACGACGAGGUGGUGCGCUACACGGCGGCCGAGUGCUUCCGGAACAUCUACAAGUCCAUGGCCGACGCGGCCCCGGAGGCGAAGAGCCAGCUCGAGACGCUGCAGCUGAGCCAGCUGCAGAAGAACGCCGUGCUCACGUCCCUGUGGCUGCUGAGCGACUUCCGCGUGCAGGCCGUGGGCAAGCAGGUUGCCAAGGCGAUCAGGGACAGCGACUCGGAGGAGCCAGAGGACGUCAAGAGGGCGAUCGAGGAGCACAUGCGAGACCACGUGCUGCAGGUGCAGAACCUGCGCGACGAGCUCGUCCCGGCAGCCCUCCUGGAGCUCUGGGGGGAAGGACACCAGUGGGAGAUGACCCUGGAGGCCGACAACAUCAAGGCAAUGCGCAUGGUCGAGGGCGACUUCGCGGACGGCACCGUCAGCUCCAACGCGAAGGUGGACCUGGAGAAGAAGACCUACGCGGUGUUCGGUGGCGCGCUCGAGGAGGGCCGUGCACUGCUGGACCUGGUCCGCCUGGCCACCCGCUUCGGCGGCGAGGAGCUCGCCGUGCCCAUCGCGGCCGCGUCCACGGCGUCGGGCGAGGGCGGCCCGAAGCUGAUGGCCUGCAGCGCCGACGCCGGCGAGACCCAGGAGGACUUCAUGAAGGCCCUCUACUGCCCGCUGAAGUACGGCGCGCAGGGCCUGGACGCGCUGAGGGCCGUGGCCGAGAUCACCCGCGAAAUGGGGAAGGACGAGCUUGGCCGCGCCGCCAGCUCCCACAGCCACAUCGGCCACCCCCCGGAGCACCCCCGGUCCGGCGAGCACGACACGGGUCCUUCCCCGCAGGCGUCGACGCGCUGCGUGUACAGCCAGGUGGACCAGUGCAGCGUCCCCGAUCUCUUCGAGAGCCCCGAGCUCCUGGAGGUCGCAGCGGUGGGCAUCAUGAGGGUCGGGCACGGCCUGCUGGCGCCCGCCGACAUCGGCGCCGUGAGGGACGCGGUGGCCACGGGCUUCGCCAACAUCAGCAAGAACCUGGUGGCGGGCAACCCGCUCCUUGCCUCCGCCGACAGGACGAGGCUGGACAAGGACGGGAUGCACGCGGUGCUGACCUCGCUGUGGUUGGUGAGCGACGAGCGCGUCGAGGACAUCGGGCGCGCCGUCGCCCAGGCGAUCGAGAGCUCCAGCUCCGCUGACAAGGACCAGCUCAAGCAGCGCAUCGCCGACGCGCUGCAGGACCAGCACCAGGUGAUGGCCGACGUCCGCGCCGAGCUGAUCCCCGAGGCGCUCCUGCAGCUGUGGCGCCAGGGGCCCAAGUGGGCCUUCGCGCUCUCGGACGAGAACAUAAAGUCCCUGCGCGGCGGCACCGGCGACUUCUUGGGCGGCGACCCGUCCAUGCUGGGCGCCGUGGACGUCCCGGGCAAGUCGUUCGCCAUCCUGGGCGGCGUGCUGGAGGAGGGUCGCGCGGUCAUCGACAUCAUCAGCCUCCUGACCGGCCUCUUCACCAACGGGGACGGCCUCAGCGCGUGGGACGACGAGCUCGCCGGCAAGGUGAGCCUGAGCUUCGACUCCUGCCAGCGCACCGUCCGCUCGUCUGCGCCCCUGGACUUCAUGCAGUCGCUGUUCUGCCCCCUGAAGUUCGGCGUCCUGGGCCUGGACGCGCUGCGCGCCCUCGCCGACGCGGCGGCGGCGGCCGCGCCGCGGCCCGAGGCCUCCCUCGCGGGCGAGGUGCCGCACCCCGCCGCGCCGCACCGGGGCGGCGAGCCGACGUGCGCCCACAGCGGCCUGCCGAUGUGCGUCAUGCUGGACCUCUUCGAGCACCCCGAGGUCGUGGACGUGGCCGCGGGGAUCGUCCUGCGGGUCGGGCGGGGCAUGUUCGUGGGCCACGACGACCGCGCCAUGGUGCGGGAGGUGGUGGCCGCCAGCUUCCGGAACAUCAGCGAGCAGCUCCAGGCCAGGGUGCCCGACGUGGCCGGGGAGAUGAAGAAGCUGCUGCUCAGCGAGCUCCAGAAGAAGGCCGUGCUCGCCUCCAUGGAGCUGCUCGCGAACGAGGAGGUUCAGAGCAUCGGCCUGGACGUCGCGCACGGCAUCCACGAGGCCGCCCUCUCCAAGGAGGACUUCCGCGAGGUGACCCGGGACUUCGUGAGCGAUUUCGUCGAGGAGAAGCUCCGCGGCCGCCUGCCUGAGCUGGUCCACCUGCGCAAGACCUUGGUGCCAAGCUUCGUCAGGGCGCUCUGGGGGAACCAGCAUCAGUGGGACAUGACUCUCGACCCCGAGAACAUAGGCACCAUGCUUGGCGGUAGCGGGAAGUUCGCGUCCGCGUUCAAGCUGGAGAGCUCGCUCAGCACGGAGAAGAAGCACGAUGCAAUUUUGGGGGCGGUCUUGGAAUUGGGCAGGGCAUUCAUUGACCUGAUCAAGGUCUGCACGCGCUCGUACGGCAAGGAGCUCGCCAUCCCGCCGUGGGCCACGUCCAUGACCGGCCAGGUGAGCCCCGAGCUGUUGUCGUGCCAGCGGGACCUCAAGGGGGACGAGCAGGUGGAGGCGAUGAAGACCCUGUUCUGCCCCCUGAAGUACGGCUCCCAAGGCCUCGAGGCCCUGAGGGCCAUGCCGGAGAUGGAGGACAAGUUUGUGGCCGGCUAG